UCACACAUUACAGCACUCCAGGGAGAUCAGCACUUCAUCGCCAGCGUGGAAACCCUUUCCUCCAGAAAAUGCCUGCUUCACAGAAAACCGCUUGGUCUCCAGCAGUUUGGUGGUCCAAAUGGUUUGUGAAAUGAAACUGAAGAAUUCCCUUAGCAGCCAUGUGGUUGGUGGUAUCCUAGAGAGACUGAAUGCCAUCACCAUCAACCCCCAGCACAUCCUGGAGGAGAUUCUACCAAGGGUGCCCAGCACCGUGACUGACAAUGACGUGCCCAUGCUUUUCCGGGAGCCCUACAUCCACAGUGGCUAUCGGCAGGUGGAGCAGGAUUGGAAAUACUACCUUCUCAGCCUCUUCCAGCAGCACAAUGAGGCACUCAAUGUCUGGACUCACCUGCUGGCUGCUCUGGUGCUUGUGGUCCGUUUCCGAGCAUUCCUGGAGACAACCUCGCCAUUCCCCACCGUCUACAGCCUCCCACUUUGCUUCUUCGUGAUUGCCUGUGUGACCUACCUGUCCUGCAGUGUGCUAGCCCAUCUCUUCCAGUCCAAGUCAGAGCUGGCCCAUUACUCUUUCUACUUCCUGGACUAUGUAGGUGUGGGUGCUUACCAAUAUGGCAGUGCCCUGGCACAUUACUAUUAUUGCAUGGAGCCUGAGUGGCACCAGGUGAUUCACCCGUUCUUCCUGCCCAUUGCUGCCAUCCUGGGCUGGCUCUCCUGCUUGGGCUGUUGUUUCUCCAAAGUCCACUUCCAGCGACCUUACCCCAUCACCCGGAAGGUGUGCCAGAUGGUGCCCGCCUUUCUGGCCUACCUCCUGGACAUCAGCCCCAUUGUCCACCGGAUUGCUACCUGCUGGGUACGGGACUGCACUGACCAUGCUGUCUGGUACCACACCUGGCAGAUCAUCCUGUUUGUCAUCGCUUCCGGCUUCUUCUCUUACCCAGUGCCAGAGAAAUAUUUCCCGGGAAGAUUCGACAUCGUGGGACACGCCCACCAGAUCUUCCACGUGUUCCUGUCCCUCUGCACGCUAGCUCAGCUGGAGGCUGUGCUGUUGGACUACAGCAACCGGCGGGAGAUGUUCUCCACCCGGGGAGAUGAGCGCAUGGUCUACAUCUCGUGCAUGAACUUCAUCGUGCUGAUCGCCUGCAGCGGCAGCUCAGCCAUCUACAUGAGGAGAAUAGUCAAAAACAAGCUGCACAAGAAAGGGGACUGAGGGAUGAGAUGUGGGCCCCGGUCUCCUCUCUGGGUUUCCUGGAGGAUUUGUCUGGAUCUCGAACAGAAGCUCAUGAUUUUGAUUUGAAUAUAAGCAGAUCUCAAGGCUCCAGGCCCACCCCUGGGUCUUGUUUGUAUUCAUUUGUUAGUGGAGUCUUGUCCGGGAGGGAACUGCGGUCCCUACGACUGAGGGGACAUGUGUGAGGGAUGGGGUGGGGGGGAGUCUGUCUGACCUGCAGAGGUGAGGGUCUCCUGUCUCAUACUGUGGGGCCACACAAAGCUGGUGAUGAUACUGCCAGGUGGUCUCUCAGUUUGUUCAGCAUCAGAUGCCCCAUCCCUUGGAAAAACUCCUCUGUGCUAGUUGAACAUCACAAAUGGAUUGAGAGGGUACCGGGACAGACUGGCAGCAAUAGGGUACACCAACAAAGCUAGAACUGAAUAGGUGACUCUCAUCCAGCAGUAUCAUAGAAUCCCUAUUGGCAGUGUGGAAACAAGCCAUUCAGCCCAACAAGUUCACACUGACCCUCCAAAGAGCAUCUCACCCAGACUCACAUACCUACCCUCAUCAUCCUGCAUUUCCCAUGGCCAAUCUACCUACCCUACAUAUCCCAGGAAAUUAUGGGCAAUUUAGCAUGGCCAUUCCACUCAUCCGGCACAUCUUUGGACUGUGGGAGGAAACCGGAGCACCAGGAGGAAACCCACGCAGACACAGGGAGGAUGUGCAAACUCUGCACAGACGUCACCUGAAAAGUUCAGGUAUCCCAAAGGGGGUAAAUGGCUAACUUUAUAUCAGUGUAGAGUGUAGAGACAGCUUCACUCUGUAUCUAACCCCGUACCGCCUCUGUGUUUGAUGGGGACAGCGUAGAGGUAGCUUUACUCUGUAUCUAAUCCUGUGCUGUAUCGGUCCUCAGUGUGUUUAAUGCUGACAGUGUAGAGAAAGCUUUACUCUGUAUCUAACUCUAUGCUAUCCCUGUCCUGGGAGUGUCUGAAGGGGAAUGUGCAGAGGUAGCUUUACCUUUAGUUUAAAAGAGUAUAUGGAGCUUUACUUUAUAUCUAACCUCAUGCUGUACUUGUUUUGGAAACAUUUGAUGUGGACAAUGUAGAGGGGGUUUUACUCUGUAUCCAGCUCUGUGCUGUCCCUGUCCUGGGAGUGUUUGAUAGUGACAGUGUAGAGGUAGCUUUACUCUGUAUCUAACUCCAUACUGUUGCUGUCCCGUUAGUGUCUGGUGGGGACAAUGUAGAGAUCUUUACUCUGUAUCUAAAUCCUGUACUGUCCCUGUCCUGGGAGUGUUUGAUGAAGACAUUGUAGAGGAAACUUUACUCUGUAUCUCACUUCGUGCUGACCCUGUCCUGGGAGUGUUUAAUGGUGACAAUGCAGAGGGAGCUUUACUCUGUAUCUAACCCCAUGUUGUCCCUGUCCUGGGAGUGUUUGAUCUGUACAGUAUAGAGAGAGAUUCACUUUAUAUCUAACCCCUUGCUUUACCUGCCCUGGGACUAUUUGAUAGAAGGGACAUUUUAGAAAGAGCUUUAUUCUGUACCUAACCCUGUGCUGUCCCAGUCCUGGGAGUGUUUAAUCGAAAAAGAGUGAAGGAAGCUUUACUUUCAGUUUAAAAGGGUAGAAGGAGCAUCACUCACUCUGUGUAGAAAAUGAGGUCUGCAGAUGCUGGAGAUCACAGCUAUCCUAUUCCUUGGAUGCUGCCUAACCUGCUGUGCUCUAACCAGCAACACAUUUUCAGCCAUCACUCACUCUGUCCCUGUCCUGGAGAGAUGCCUGGCUGAAAUCUGAGUUGACGAGUUAUAUGAAAUGUAUGACUGUCUGUAUAUUUCUUUGUGUAAUUUAAAAAUACUCAGCAAGUGAAGUGAAUUGCAGGGGACAUUAAUGUCAGAGUCCCAUUUCUCCUUUUCAGUCUUAAGUAUAUCUUAAGUAAGUCUUUAAUUUAUGAUCUGUAUUAACAAUGUAGUACAAGUAUCUAUUGAAAUGUUGAACCAGCAGGGGAAGGGAAAGUUCAUGGAGCAUGUUGCACUGUCAAAGGGAAUCAGAUUCUGAAAUCAUUUUCAUUUCCUUGCUGAGCCUCACUGUUGGUGGUGAUGAAGGGGUAUGGUGCCUCAUUGAGUGUUGGCAGAGUAUAAUGAUGAUUGGUUCAUGAUGCUGGGAGCUGUGAGGAGCCGAUCAGGGUAGAAUAGAUCAGAGAAUGGGUUAAAAUUGCUGACUGGUGCCUCAUUCUUUUUGGCAAGCAUGCAGUGAUCUGAAUCUACUCUCAGUUCAUUAGCUACUGACCUUUCACCAGAUCACACCUGAUCUAUCACCAUAAUUCCAUCAGGAAAUUGGGGACACCAUGAGGAGAGUAUUCAACAAAGAUUGGUACCAGUCUCCCCCAUUUCUCUGAGAUGUCCCGUUGAUCUCUCAGUAAAGUGACAGGAGAAUAGCUGUGUAAUUCAAUAAUGCAUUUGAUGACAAUGAAUUUAUACAGGAGUUACACAGUCAGGACCCAGAAUUAGUAAUUCAGUUACAAGCAAACAAGCUGUGUUCAGACACAGAUAGGCAUAGAUGAGAUCAGAAAGAAUCUUGGAAUAACAUUAUACAGUCAUUUUAGGAAUAACCCAUUUUAGAAUUAGCCCACAGAUUGCCAGGUUUUUAAAAUUAACAUCACAGUUUGUAAUCACAGGUGUGAGCCUGACAUCUGGAGUAUUAUACAAUGACCCUUUGUCCAUCAGCGUUAAUUCAACUGUUUCUGAGCAAUUAGUCAGCUUAAAAAAAUGCUCAUUUAUUUUUUAACUCAAGCAUC